AAGUACAGCAGAAAUGCUUUCAGAAUUAGUUUCCUCCUGGUAACGGUGCAGAGAUGGUUCUGGCUCUGCUGCUCUGUGUCGUGGGUCUACUCUCAGUGUCUGGCGGCUCUCAGGCCACUUUAAUGUUGGAGGCAGAACCUGGAGAUAAUGUGACUCUUCAGUGCCACAGCAACCUCAUAGAUGGAUCGUCGUAUAUAUACUGGUUCAAGCAGAUAAAUACUUCUGCUCCAGAAUUCCUUCUUUUCAUGCUUUACUCAGCACACGUGAUCAAACGGCCUCAUGAUUUUGAGAGAAUUAUGGUGUUCGUGAACAACUCCACGACUGUUUCUCUCAUAAUACGUGAAGUCAGAUCGGCUGAUUCUGGACUCUAUUUCUGCGGCAUUCAGAGGAUGCCUGGCCACAUGACCUUCAGCAGUGCAACACUUCUACAAGUUAAAGGUCUACUCUCAGUGUCUGGGGACUCUCAGGACACUUUAAUGUUGGAGGCAGAACCUGGAGAUAAUGUGACUCUUCAGUGCCACAGCAACCUCAUAGAUCUAUGGUCGUAUAUACACUGGUUCAAGCAGAUAAAUACAUCUGCUCCAGAAUUCCUUCUUUAUAUACAUUACGCAUCACAGAUGGUAUUGUAUUCCGAGGAUGUUGUAUCGAAAGGACCAGGGAGAAUUACGGGGUUUGUGAACAAAACCAAGAGUGUUUUUCUGAUGAUAAAUGAAGUCAAUUCCUCUGAUUCUGGACUCUAUUUCUGUGGCAUUCAGAGGAGGCAUGGACACUUAACCUUCAGCAGUGCAACACUUCUACAAGUUAAAGAUCAAGAAGCACAUGAAGCAGAAGAAGCAGAAAAAGCAGAGCAAGCAGCACCAGCAGGACAGGCAGGACAAGUAGAAGAAGUAGAAGAAGCAGGAAAAGCAGAAAAGCAAGCAGCAGAAGCAGGACUAGCAGGACAAGUAGAAGAAGCAGAAGAAGCAGAAGGCAGCUCUUUCUACUUCUUCUUCAUCUUGACUGUGAUCUUCGUCAUUGCGACUGUGGUACUCAGCGCUCUACUAAUCUUACUGAAGGCCAGAAAAUAACAUAGAAGAAGCUGAUUUGAAAGUGCAAGAAGACCACGGGGUAAAAAAUCAUUUACCGUAAUUUACUGAUAUGGUUCAGUAAAUCUCUGUCAAAGUAAUGCAUGUAGUGGCCAGAAGUUCACUGUAAUUUUACUGUGAUUUUUACUGUCUUACUGUAUAUGUUUUAUUAUUGCUUCCUGCCAAGCUUAAUCAGGCGUCACAUUUGUGUUCUGAUUUUUGAAGGAAACGGUUUUUCUUAAAUUAAAAAAUAAAAAACAUUAUUGUGCCAUUUUAUUUUUGUUUUUAGAAUUUUAGAGAAAUUAAAAAAAGGAACAUUAUAGUAAUGGUUUAUAUUUGAUUCAGAUCCAUGGUGGUUUUAAUGAUAAUGACAACCUGCAUCUAUGAAUAGAGGCUUUAUAGAAAGAGGUUUUACAAGCUUUGCUCUUUAAAGUGACGCUGCAUCGGCUUGUUUACCUGUGUGAGACAUGGGGUUCUUCAUGUUAUUCAGUUGUAUCAAAGCUUUUAAAAAUACACUUGUUUGUUGAAA